CAGUAACUAAAGACUCCCAUUUGGUUACUGGAGGGUGACUCUUUCCCUAACUACGCUACGCUACCACACCCCAAGCGCCACCGUCCCCCGCCGCCGUCCCUGCACACACACCAACUUCACCGCGCAUUUGAGAGUUGAAGCAACUUAAUUUUUCUCAGGGUUGUAAGCCGGAUACAGGAGAAUGGAUACUGCUAAUGGCUCAGGGGAUUUGUCGUCACAGAUGGAGCUGGACGCAUUUCGACGCCUUUUUCCUUUGCGCUUUCAUGAGCGUUAUCUCAGUGAAUCUAUUCGGCCAGAUGGCCGAGCACUUGGAGAAGCUAGAUAUACAACUGUUGUGCUUGGUAGUGUAGCAUCUGCGGAUGGAUCUGCACUGGUAAAGAUUGGUUCCACUACAAUGUUGGCUGCGAUCAAGGUAGAAGUCAUGACUCCAAGUGCGGAUUCUCCAGAUGAGGGAUCCAUAGCUGUUGAAUUCCAUAUGCCUCCAAUUUGUUCUUCUCUUGUUCGACCUGGCAGGCCCGCAGAGGCAGCUCCAGUAAUUUCUAAACAACUCUCUGACACCAUAGCUAGUUCUGGCAUGAUUGACUUGAAAGACCUGUGCCUGGCCAGUGGGAAAGCUGCUUGGAUGGCCUACCUGGACAUAUACUGCUUGGAUGCUGAUGGUGCACUGUUUGAUGCUGCGUUACUCUCAGCAGUUGCUGCUUUUUCACAUUUGGAAAUUCCUCUAGCUUCUUUGAAUGAUGAUGGGAGAGUAGUUCUUGGCACUAAAAAGAAAAACAAAAAUGGGGUUCCAGAGCCGGAAAACGAGCCUGUCACUAAAGAAGAGAAGAGAAAACUACAUCUGAACAGCGUUCCAUUCUCCUUGUCAUGCAUACUUCACAAAAACUAUAUCCUAGCAGACCCUACAGCUGAGGAAGAGGUCAUAAUGGAAACUGUUCUUAAUGUGGUAUUGGAUUCAUCUUAUCAACUUGUAUCACUUUACAAGCCAGGUGGACCUGCCCUCGCCAGCACUUCUGUUAUCCAGGAUUGCGUUGCAUUUACAAAGCAGAGAGUCAAUCAACUAAAGAAUAUACUGAGCGAAGCUAUAUCCGAUAUGGAUGUGGACUGAAGGCACUGAUGUAUCUGUCUUCUCACGGAGAGCAAGUGUUACUACUUCACCAUACUAUUGUUGUGUCACGCUAGCUAUCUUCUAGCUAGAACUGUCGCUAAGAGUGAGAGUGAUUAUCCUGCUCAGCCUGUGGGACAAUGGGAGCAUAAGCCUAAUCUAGAUUUGUUGUUUAGAGAGAUUACUUUGUUUUUAGUCUCUUCCCUUUAUUUUCUUCCAAGAGGUCAAUACUAGAAUAUUUUGUAAGAGUAGGAAAUUUUGUUUGUACAUGAAGAAAUGGAUUUUCUUUUACUUAAUGCUGGAAGAAGAGAAAAUUUUGUAAUGGACAGUAUUUCCUCACUACUUGUCGUGCUUCCCCAAUUUAUAGCAUUUCGAAUUCUGGGUCGAAA